UUCCAUGUCUCACGGAAAUCAAUCUGACAUGUCCGGUACUUGGAUAAGACUGGGUGCUUUGCACAGGAUGGUACGAAGACCUGUGUGGUUUCCGUGUCAUGGCGCCAUUUUGUAGGCGGAAUAUUGUUCCCUUAUCCGCGCUCUCAUAAAGAUUUUGGCCUGCCCAUGCCGAUUAGGUUGAACAUCAUUCAGCAUCGACUGAAAAAUCCCCGUUUCGUUGCAAGUCCUCAAGGGAAUAUCUUGGAGUGAAGGUGUGCUUACUGAAACAAUCGACACACUGAAACAACCAGACAGAAGCCCAAUAACUCUGUGGACACAAAUCCAUUUAAUAAGUAGGAUUACUACUGACCGUGUUGAAAAUUAGAAAAUUACAGAUGAGUGAAGAUUUUACGAGCACGGGUUUGAAAGACGUCAUCAUGAGUUUACAGGAGGAAUGUCAGAAACUAUCAGAAGUGAAGGAAGAACCUGAGGGUGAACAGAUUGAAGACUAUUUUGGAAAGUGUGCAGGGGACGCAGACGAUGAUGGAGAAGAUGGAUUUGAUGAUGAUGACCUGGAUUACGAGCCAGGCAGAGAAUCCCGUAGAACUACAAGGUCAGUCAGAGCAAUGCCUGGAAGAAAAGGAAAGAAACAACGUCGGUCAUGGAACCUGACCUACUCACACGAACAGAGGGUCCGAAUGGGUUAUUACGGUGCUAAAUGGGGCGUUAAAGCCAUGAAGAAGAGAUAUCCGGGGGUUAAAGACAGUACGGCUAGGGAUAUGUGUAACUAUGUACUGGCCCUCGUUAGGGAUGGGAUACUAACCCUUGACCUCCCACUUGAAAAGCAGGUCAUCCCGCCAAAAAUGAGAAACGGCUUUCCAGUUCAGUCUGUUAUACAAAUUAAAGAGAGUUCGUCGUUUGAGCCGAAUUCUGAACCCGGAUCAAAUCAGGAGCCAGCUCAGAAGGGUGGAACAGAUAUCACUCCACCCACUUCAAAGAAUUGGCUCGCAGGAAUAGGCGGGAAAAAUCAGCCAUUUGGUAAUAUGUCCAUGGAAACGACCGAUAAAGCUCUCCAGCCUCCAUCGACGAACCAUGGCGAUGGCUCACCUUCUUCGACCUUGUCUUUUGAGGACAGAGUGAAGAUAGGGUUCAUGGCGGCAUUAGAGGGAUCCACUAUCGCGGUGAAAAAGUGCGAGGAGUCAGAUAGCAAGGUAAGAGAAUGCCGCAAUCUGGUCAUCAGGUUAAUUCAGUCCGGUAAACUUUCCCUCGAUGUCCCGCUGGAGCAGCAGGAGAUACCGACGGAGGACCCCGAGGAACCUGUCCCUCCUGAACCGGUCAGACGCGGUCGACCACCCAAGCAUAGUUUUGGGAGAUUCACUUUGCCACCAGAAGCCAAAACUUUCUUGAUUAGCAGUCGAACGACCAUGCAGAAUAAUCCGCCUCCCCUACAGCCAACACCGACUGAAAGCGAGAACCACAGCCAAAGAAACGUGCAGAUGAACCCUUCUGAGGUCUCGCCCAGUCCUUGGAACGACCACGUCCAAUUGCAACGGGGCAGUAAAGACAUUUUUCUGGGCAGUGAUUUGGCGUUUCGUCGAUGGAGGAACAGACGAACCUCGCUGAAAUUCCAAAGUGACGAGGCAUUUGCAAUGCACCUCAUGGACGUACAUGAUGCCUUCUGUUCUGAACAAUGUAGCGGCGGGGGCAGACAUGAGCACCAACAAGGAACACAGGUCAGUUAGAAUCAGUCAGAAUUCCUCUCCGGUAAGAUUCCCGGCGCCCUGUGAAGAUGUGCGUGAAAGAUGAAGCAAGACUUGUUCGUAGUCCAAAGUCAUAGACGAAUGAAAUGAUAUACAGUACAUAUUUUGUGUUCCUUGUAAAUUUUCGAACAGAAAUCUGCUGCGCGUCUCUCGAUGAUUGUCUGACAGCUUUCACUUUUUACACUAUUUUUCGUUUCACAUCCUCUAUGGAUAGGCCUGUGACCUCGUUAAUCUUUGCACUUGCGUAUCCAUAAUGUAAAUUCAAGCAACUUUGUUAAGGCUGUUGAUUCAUUGUUUUGUUUGCUUUGUUUGGUUUAGGCGGAAACACUUUCGAUUUAGAAAUGUCAUUUCGUAAUUGGAAAUGACACACAUCCGUCUUUCAGCUCAGUUCGAUGACUUGGAAUUCACAUUUCAGAUUUUUGUCGUCUUCGCUAUUGGGUCGACAAUUUUACACAACCACAAUGAAAUUACAAAUAAGAAGCAAAGUGCAGUUCAACACUUGAUUAAUCUUUAGUUUUACAUUUUCCGUUUUGAUUCUUACCACGCCCCCUACGUUUCAUUCUGGCAGUCCACAAGUACUACUCUAAAACAUUAUUACCCGUUGUGAUCAACUCGAAGUAGUGUUGAUGAUUUAAGAACAUGUUUCUAUUUCUACAUGUUUCUUUUGUUUAGCUUACAAAUACCUUUUCUGUUAAUAUGUAGAAUAAUCUAGAAUAUCAAUGAAGCAUGCAUGUGCGUUCUGGCGUAUGAGAAUUUCUCUUUUCAGAUAUGAAGUCUGCCUAUUCAUAAUAUACCAUAUGGAUUUCUGUCAGAAGUAAACCACCAAUUAAUUUGUGGGUCAGAUUAUUAUUAUUAUUAUUUGUGUAUUAUUUUUUUGGAUAAAAACUGCAUGCAAUAUAUAAUUUGGGCAAUUUGGAGCACCUUGUGUAUAUGGUAGAUGGACGAAAUUCAAUGCAAUGUCAGAUCCACAUUUUCGACCAAUAAGAUGGUUCAGUUUAGAUGUAAAAGCUUGCAAUUACAUACCAUGCAAUUUCACAAAUUGGAAAGAAAAAUCGAGUGUUUGGGUAUUCAAAUUUGCAAAUAGGAAAAAAUUGUGAGAUGCAAGCAAGACAAUUAAAAAAGCAGUUGUCAUCGAUUUAUUCUCCAGAAUGUGAUUGUUCCUUUAUUACCAAUUCGAAAUAAAUGCCUAAGAACUGUUUCAUAA